GGCGCCUAGAGCGAGGCUAGGGUAGAGAGGCCGAGCGAGCUGGAGUCGUCGGCUUGUGGAGGAAGCAGCUGGGAGCUGGCGAGAGCGUGAGCGAGCGGGCGGGCAGGCGAACGAGCGAGCGAGCGAGCGCAGGCGGGAGGGAGCGGCGCACGGAGCGGAGCAGCGGCAGCCCGGGCCGCGGCGGAGUCUCAGUCGGAGGGCAGCCCGAGCGGGCGCCUCGGUCCCCGCCCCCACUCGGCGGGGCAGUGCCCGGUGUUCCCCCGUGCGGGGGGCGGCGGCGGCGGCUGAGCGGACCCCACGGGACCGCGCGGGUGUUGCCACCUCGGCCGAGGAGCCGGCGAGGCCGCGGGGCCCUGCGAGCUGGGCCCGGAGCCCGUGACAGACGGGCCAAGGAGGGGAGAGAGGCGGCGGCGGCGGCGCAGGCGACGGGGAGGCAGCGGCAGCGGCGACACCAUGUCAUCCCCCAGUCCCGGCAAGAGGCGGAUGGACACGGACGUAGUCAAGCUCAUUGAAAGCAAACAUGAGGUCACAAUCCUAGGAGGACUCAAUGAAUUCGUUGUCAAGUUUUAUGGACCACAAGGAACACCAUAUGAAGGCGGGGUGUGGAAAGUGAGAGUGGACCUUCCUGAUAAAUACCCUUUCAAGUCUCCAUCUAUAGGAUUCAUGAAUAAAAUUUUCCAUCCCAACAUUGAUGAAGCGUCAGGAACUGUGUGUCUAGAUGUAAUUAAUCAAACUUGGACAGCUCUCUAUGAUCUUACCAAUAUAUUUGAGUCCUUCCUGCCCCAGUUGCUGGCCUAUCCUAACCCCAUAGAUCCUCUCAAUGGUGAUGCUGCAGCCAUGUACCUCCACCGACCAGAAGAGUACAAGCAGAAAAUUAAAGAGUACAUCCAGAAGUAUGCAACGGAGGAGGCCCUGAAGGAACAGGAGGAGGGCACUGGCGACAGCUCUUCGGAGAGUUCUAUGUCUGACUUCUCAGAAGAUGAGGCCCAGGACAUGGAGUUGUAGUAGAAAAGGCAUCUGCUUUUCAGAAAGACUAUUAUUUCCUAACCAUGAGAAGCAGACUCUAAUAUUCAUAUUUAAACAAAGCAAUUUUUUUUAUUACUAAACAAGGUUUUUAUGAAUAAUAGCAUUGAUAUAUAUAUAUUAUAUAUCACCCUUUAGAUCUUGAUUUCUUGGUCAUUUCUCAACCUGAGGUGCAUAGCAUAUUCCCACAUUCCAUUUUGGUAGCAAUAUGCGGUCCGAAUGCAUGCAUUCAUAAGUCCAUUUGGCCAAGUCAGCCUAUGUGCUACUGAACUGUCAAGAGAUUGCCGCUCUGAUAGGUAAACAUGAGAAAAACAGGAAAAGUUUGCUUCUUUUUAUUGGUGGUUCCAAAGAAACAAACCAAAUCUACCAGCUCUUGAAUGAAGAUAGAACAGUGCUUUUCCAGAGUGGGAAGGGAAGGGAAGGGUUGAGACGCGUGCUUUGAGAGCCUGUGAGGCUGCUCCAUCCUUGCCAGCUGCUCCCUAGUCCUGAGUGGUCCUUGGUGAGGAGCAGUGGGACGCAACGAGUUGAGUGAGAAGUGAGACUUAGGGCUUUUGGUUUUUUUUUUUUUUUUUUUUNGGUUUUUUUUUUUUUUUUUUUUUUUUUUUUUUUUUUUUGACUCAGAUUUAAGUGCAUUUUUCUAGGUAGACUCCUGCCCUCCAUGCUACCAGACCUGCAGCCACCUUGGUUUUACCUUGGAGAACAUUUGGGAAGCAUUUCCUGAACCCAUGUCCUUUUGGGGAUACAGCUUAUCAUCCAGCAGAGCAUGUUGAGAGAGCAGGACUGGAGGAGAGACGGACUGAAGACACAGAGUGAAAUCCUAUCCUAGCACGGGGCCUGUUGAUCCAUUGCCUGGACUGAGCUGUGAAACUGGACGCAGUUUUGUUUGGUUUUUUUGUUUGUUUGUUUCUUUUUCUUUUUUCUUUUUUCCUUUUUGUGAAUUGUACCUAGACAGGUUACAGAUUUAAUUUUCACCUACCAAGAGAGUCUCUUCCCUGGGCAAGGCUCGGUGGCCAUCAGGUGGAGAAGACUGGCCCGGCGCCUGAGCCCCUGUGCGGCCCUUGACCUCCAGCCUUAGUUCUCCUCCUGGAAGCUGCCAGCUGCUUACGGGAGUGGUUAGUGUCUGAGACCCAGAACAUCCUAAAUUUGCGAUGGGUAACAGCUGAAACAAACGGAAGUUUUUGUGCCAAAGUGGCCCGAGGUGGGGAAGAACCACUUUCGAGAAUUGUUACGGAGGCAGGUUGAGGGGACAACCCUUUUCCCUCCACGGUCAGCCAGUCAGAUGGCUUGAGGUGCCUGGCCCGCUGCCACCGGCUAACUGCCAUCCAGAGUGCCGGCAGUUUCAGACCUGACUCUAGAGGGAAUUUGGAGACAGUGUAGACAGCAGCUCUGCUCUGCAUUCUUUUUGACAAAACCAGAACAAUAGAAGUAGCCAAUCGUAAGACCUUCUGAAGACAUUUUGAAUGUCCCACUGGACUAACCUUUCUUUUGAUGUGUGUUUUUAGUUUAGAAGUGCUAUAUUCCACAAGGGUUAAGUCAAUGAGGUUGGAAGACACCUAUCUUUUUUUUUUUUUUAAUU